UAACCUCAGGGUACAUUCUGCAUAAGCACAUUCAGAGCUCUGCUUUGAGGAAAGAGACCACUGGGAAGUCCAGGGUCCUGGAGCUGAGGCCAGCCCUGAGAGAGGCCAGUCCGGACGCAGCAGUGUGCGCUCCCAGCAGCAAAGGAGGCUCAGGGACAGAAAGACAUGGCCUGGAAACGGAUGCCACCUCUGCUGCUGCUGGCCUGCUUGUCGGCCUCCGUGUGCAGUGCCAGAGACAGGACAGACCUGCUCAACGUCUGCAUGGACGCCAAGCACCACAAGACAAAGCCAGGCCCUGAGGACAAGCUGCAUGGCCAGUGCACUCCCUGGAGGAAGAAUGCCUGCUGCUCUGUCAGCACCAGCCAGGAGCUGCACAAGGACACCUCCCUCCUGUAUAACUUCAACUGGGACCACUGUGGCAAGAUGGAGCCCGCCUGCAAGCGCCACUUCAUCCAGGACAACUGUCUCUAUGAGUGCUCCCCCAACCUGGGGCCCUGGAUCCAGGAGGUGAACCAGAGCUGGCGCAGAGAGCGCUUCCUGAACGUGCCCCUGUGCAAAGAGGACUGUGAGAGCUGGUGGGAAGCCUGCCGCACCUCCUACACCUGCAAGAGUGACUGGCACAAGGGCUGGAACUGGACCUCAGGAUCUAACAAGUGUCCAUCUGGGGCCGUCUGUCGCACAUUCGAGUCCUACUUCCCCACUCCUGCAGCCAUGUGUGAGGGCCUCUGGAGUCACUCCUACCAGGCCAGCCAAUACAGCCGAGGGAGUGGCCGCUGCAUCCAGAUGUGGUUUGAGCCAGCCCAGGGCAACCCCAAUGAAGAGGUGGCGAGGUUCUAUGCCUUGGCCAUGGCUUCUAGGGCCAUGCUCCAUGGGACUGGGCCUCUCCUGCUCAGCCUGACUCUGAUGCUGCAACUCUGGCUCCUUGACUGAACAGCUUCCACUACUGAUACCUGGACCUUUUCCUUGCCUGCAGUCCAGCUCAGCUCUCUCAAUUAGCAGACCGCACAAUGCCCUGGUCCUUACGCUGUGACAGUCUAUUCAAAUAGAGAGAUCCGCAUG